AUGGCUCAAGACCUAGCCAGCUUCGUCACAGCAAGAGCCCUUCUGGGAUUCUUCACCACUUUCAUCAGCCAACCGAGCCCUAUUAUCAUUACUGAGCUGGCGUAUCCGACCCAGCGAGGCAAGGUGACGGCAAUGUAUAAUACCUUCUUUUAUUUCGGAUCCAUUUUCGCGGCGUGGUGUACGUACGGCACUUUCAAAAACCCUACGUCGUGGAGUUGGAGAAUUCCCUCCAUCUUGCAAGGAGCCAUUCCAGUCAUCCAGCUUGUCGGACUCUUCUUCCUUCCAGAGUCUCCUCGCUGGCUCAUGAGUCGAGGCCGCAAAGAGGAAGCGCGAAAGGUCUUUGCAGACUGCCAUGCUGGCGGUGACCUUCAUAGCCCUUUGGUCGAGUUCGAGAUGCGCGAAGUCGAGCAAACCCUGAGUGAAGAAGCUGAAGCUAUGUCAAAGUCUUCCUGGUUUGACCUCGUCCGAAGCCCGGCGAAUCGGAAGCGAACUCUCCUUGCAGUCAUCGUUGGCUUCUUUAGUCAAUGGAACGGUGUCAGUGUAGUCAGCUACUACAUCAACUUGGUCCUCAAUACAAUCGGCAUCACUGAGGUCAAGGACCAGACUCUCAUCAACGGAAUCUUGCAAAUCUACAACUGGCUCAUUUCAACUUUCCUCGGGGCCCUCAUGGUGGACCGGUUUGGUCGUCGUCCACUGUUCCUUGUUUCCACUGGAGGCAUGCUCGUGAGCUACAUCAUCUGGACAGGCCUCACAUCUCACUUUGUUACCAGUCAGAACGAGGCUACUGGCAGAGCCGUCGUGGGGUUCAUCUUCAUCUUCUAUUUCUUCUACGACAUCGCCUGGACGCCCCUGUUGCAGGCCUACCCAGUGGAAAUCUUCCCCUACACUUUGCGUGGUCGCGGGCUCUCUGUCACGUAUGUCACCGCCUUCACUGGUCUCAUCAUUGGCAACCAGGUCAACCCAAUUGCUAUGAAGACAAUCGCAUGGAAGUACUAUAUCGUCUUUUGCUGUAUUCUCGGGCUGUUGUUGGUUCUGAUUUGGUUCUUGUUCCCCGAGACGAAGGGUCAUACUCUCGAAGAGAUCAGGGAGGUCUUCGAAGGAAAGUCUGAGAAGACCAACAAGGAGGCGGAUAUUGAAGGUGGAGAGGGCGACGAGUCCAAGGAAGGCAAAGUUAGGCAGGUCGAGUUGGCUUGA